AUGUCUGAUGGGAAAUGCACUAAACGAUACCCAAGAGACUUACUUGCCGAGACUAUCACUGGCAAUGACGGAUAUCCACUCUAUCGUCGAAGACAAACUGGUGACAAAGAUUGUGGCAAAUCCAUCACUUUGAGAGUACGAAAUAAUGACGUUGAAGUUGAUAAUCGUUGGGUUGUACCGUAUUCGCCUAUACUUUCGAAAAUAUACAAAGCACACAUUAAUGUCGAGUAUUGCAAUUUGGUGAAAUCUAUUAAGUACAUUUGUAAAUAUGUCAACAAAGGAAGCGAUAUGGCAGUAUUUGGAGUGGGAAAUGCAUCCCGAUCUUCUGAUGAAAUCAACCAAUAUCAACUUGGACGGUACGUUAGUAGCAACGAAGCAGUAUGGCGCAUUUUAUCAUUUGCAAUUCAUGAAAGACAUCCAACAGUUGUUCAUUUGGCGGUACAUCUUGAAAAUGGACAGCGCGUGUACUUUACAACCGAAAAUGCCCGAAAAAGAUCAUUGACACCACCGUCAACAACAUUAACUGCAUUUUUCUCAUUUUGCGAUGACGAUAUGUUUGGGAGGACGCUACUUUACUCUGAAGUGCCAUCAUACUUUACAUGA